UAUGGGCAGUUGUUAAAGUGCUCCUUGUAUUGCAGAUGAUUUAAUUACAAUGGAUUCAAGUGCUUGCAAAUAAACAGAUAAUCCCAUCAAGGAAGAAAUCCUUCCUUAAUAUGAUGAGAACAAAAUCAUUAUUAUACAGGCUUAUUAUAGAGGACACAAAGUCCGUAAAUCAAUUAUGCCUACUAUUUCAUCUCCAGAACCUUCUGCUCCAACUUAACCAGACAAUCCAAAACUGUGUUUUGAUCCUUCCCUCAUAUAAGAGAAUGAUUAAUCUAUAAUUAUGAAAAAUGGAGCUAUCUAUACUGGGAUGUGGAAAGAUGGUAAAGCUAAUGGAAAGGGAAAAUAUUAAUUCCAUGAUAGGUAGUUACUAUUUUUUAUUUUCUAGUUACAUUGAAGGAACUGUAAUUUUAAUACAAUAUAUUUUUUAGUGGAUUGCCAAUGAACUUCAAGGUGAUGGAGUAUAUGUGAAUUCCAAUGAAUCAUAUCGAGGAUAAUGGAGAGAUAAUAUGUUCCAUGGUUAAGGGGAAUUUAGGUAUUAUGAUGGUCGUAUUUAUACAGGUAUCCAAUUCUUACAUUUAGGUUAAUGGAAACAAGGAAUCUAACAUGGAACAGGUAAAGAGAUAUAUAAGGAUAAAUCUAUAUUUGAGGGAAAAUUUAAGAAUGGAAUGAAGUGUGGCUUGGGCAUUUUUCAGUUGGCUGAUGGCUCAGUAUAUUAAGGUGAAUUUUAAAACGAUUUAUUUCAUGGAUACGGUUCAUUUGUAAAUACUAUUUAUUAAGUAGACUUGGCCUGAUAAAGUCAAAAUUUUUGAAGGUUACUGGAAAAAUGGAUUAAAGAAUGGUAAUGGUUAAAUGAAAUGGGGAGAUGGUAUUAUCUUUUGUUAAUCUUUAAAUUUAGGUCGUAUAUAUUGUGGUUAAUAUUUGGAUGAUAUUAAACAUGGAUAUGGAGAAAUGCAAUAUGCAGAUGGUCGGAUUUAUAAAGGAUAAUGGAAACAAGGCCUUUAGGAUGGUAUAGGCUAAUUUUUAGACAAAGAAGGGAUUGUCAAAAAGGGCUUUUGGAUUAAAGGUAAAUUAAAAAAGUGGCUAUGA